AGACUAGGAUAGUAGUGUUGCGGAGCUCCCGUGACGACCGUGCUAAACGACCCUGAGAGGUUUCAAUGUUAUGAGGUUUUGUCUCCAGAGGUAAGAAAGAUGAAGCCUAGAACCAAACUGAUUGCAAUUCAUCCUGUACAUGGAUAUCCUAUUCCUCCCCCGCAGGACGUGAAGGUCUCCAGGAGGAAUGCCAGGGAGAGGAACAGGGUCAAGACGGUUAACAGUGGGUUCGAUGUUCUCAAGAGUCACAUCCCGACCGCAGCGCAGAUCAAGAAAAUGUCAAAAGUAAACAUUCUUAGCCAUGCUGUACAGUACAUACAGAACCUACAAAGCAUGCUAAAUGAUUCUCCCGAUUCUACAAAUGUGCAAGAUACUAUCAAGAAGGAGAAAUGGAGUGGGGAACCUCUUGUACAUUACGUACAGCAUCCCCCGAUCUGCAGUACAUUUCCAACUGAACCCCCCGUAUACCCUCCACCCUUAACCCCUCUCUCCCCCAACACUAUGUACUACCCUGGAAACUACAGACAGUACGAGUCAGGAUAUGAAACCUACUCUGAACCUGACCAUUUAACUCCUCAACCUAAACUACCUCUAGUCCUUCCUUCUCCUCAACCUUUACCAUCUUCUUCUCAUCCUCUAGCUCAUGGACUCCAGUCUAACCUCCUGGAGCUCCAGUCUCCAGCUCCCUCCUUGAGAGCCUCCUACCUCCUUCCUCCGAAACAUCAGGUUCCAGAUCAGGAUUCAUCAGGAGAGGAAGACGAUAUUCUUGACGCUAUCGCGGAGUGGCAACAAACGGAGCAAUGAAGGACUGCAACGAAGUAGUGAAACCUCUGAGAAGAAAUCAACAAAGCAUCUGCUAGAAAUACAACUUAAAAAGACAUCAAUGGCGAAAUUUUCAUGAGAAUCGUGGCUGCUAAUUAAGCAUUAAAAAGUAUGUGCCCUCAUUACCUGAAAACACAAACAAACCUAAACGCUUAAAAAAAGACAGAAACUGGAACAAUGGAAACCUGCUCAAUUUUGUAAAACAGUUGGCAUUAUAUCCUUGUAUAACUACCCGCCACCCACAAUUUAAACUUCCCACUCAACCUUUAUUCUGUGAACUGCCAACAAUAUUUACUUUCAAAUAUUUAAAUUAAUUAAAUCUGUGUAUUUUGUAAUUUUAAAACCCUGAAAAUUAUCUCCUCAUUAUCAUAAUAUAGGAUCUCGUGACGUUCUCAGAUCUCAUUUAUAUAAAUCCGUUCGGAAAACAUGUUUUUGAAAAAUUGUAAUUUAAACCAUCUGCUCAGUUAGUUUUCAACCUGUUUUUAUGUAAAAUUGUACAAAAUGUAAAUGUAGAUUACUAUACUAUGUACUCAGAACUGUGAUUCAACUUUUAUCAUUGAAUAUAUAUAAUUUUAGUUGA